AUGACCGCCGACGCCACCACCUUGUCGGACGCCGUGCUCAGCGAGCUCUUCGCCUUCCUCGCGGUCGAUGACCUUUUGGUGCUGGAACGCGUGAGCCGCGCCUGGAGACGCACACUGGCCACGGCGCGCUUCUGGAGCCAUGUGCAGCUCAUUCACGAAUGGAACGACAGCGAGCUGGCGUCCGCAGUCAUCCGCCUCGUGGCCAAGCGCCACGGCCCGCAAGUCAAGAAACUGACGCUCAUCGGCUGCGUCGUGCCGAAGGGGACGCUCGUCAAGGCGGCCAAGCUCUUCACCGGUCUCACGCACUUGACGGUGUCCGGCUGCCAAACCAUCGAGAACGUCGACUUCACCGCGCUCGUGCGAGCGUCGAGCGAGCAGCUGGUGGAGGUGCGUGCGGUCAAGUGUCUACGGCUAACGGAUGCAGCACUGCAAGCCGUUGCCGAAAACCACUCCCAGUCUUUGGAGCGGAUCAACUUCAGCUACUGCAGACAGAUUUCCGAGGACGGAGUGGAGUCGCUGGUGCAACGCUGCGGCAAUUUGCGCUCCAUCAAGCUGAAGGGGUCUCCAGCAGUGACGACAUCUGUGGUCGCUCACAUCGCGCAAAGCUGUCCAGCACUUGACACGCUCCUGGUUGGAGGAGCCAAGAACCUGACGGACGAAUGCUUGCUGGCCCUUGGAGACCACUGCCCGUGGUUGACGUCGCUGGACAUUUCGCGAAGCAAUCCGUUUGGAUUUGGCCGCGGUGGCAUUACAGAUAACGCGUUGAAGUAUCUGGUCUUACGAUGCCCGCGGCUAGAGCACCUUACUCUCUGUGGACAAGGCCGAUUGACGCUCGCGGUGCUGAGCUCUCUAGCGACCUCGUGCCCCAAACUCGAGACGCUGGACAUCGGCGGUUGUCGAGGAAUUAUCUCGGAUCCCAUCGCUCUAGGUGCCGAGCUGAAGCGCAUGGGCGGACUUCAUGAGCUCAGCGUCGCGUUCACGCGUGGUCUGAAAGGCGAGCAAAUCGAUUUCAUAGCGUCCCAGUGCCCUCAGCUGAAGGCUUUCCGCGUUGACGGAGACAAUGUAGCCGCUCCCCACGCAUGA